CCAAUUUCCCCCUUUCACCAAAAACUAUCUAUGGCCUGGACCCGACAAUCCGCCAUCGGCCACGGCUCCUCCGCCACCGUCUACCUCGCCACCGCCGUCUCCUCCGGCGAGCUAUUCGCUGUCAAGUCCGCCGACCUCCUCAAAUCAGACUUCUUGAAAACAGAGCAGAGGAUUCUUUCUUCCCUGUCCCACCCUUCAAUUGUGGGAUACAGGGGAUUCGAUGUAACGAGAGAAAAUGGGAAGUUAAUGUUUCAUCUCUUCAUGGAGUACGCCGCCAGUGGCACUCUCACCGACGAAAUCGUCCGGCGUGGUGGCCGGAUUAAGGAGACGGCGGCGGCGUUUUACACUCGUCAAAUUGUUGGAGGAUUGGAGUACUUGCACAAACAGGGCUUUGUGCAUUGUGAUAUCAAAGCUAAGAACAUUUUAAUCGGUGAAGAUGGUUUAAAGAUUGCUGAUUUUGGAUGCUCCAAAUGGGUUUGUGAGGCGGAGGCGGUAAUCGGCGGAACGCCGAUGUUCAUGGCACCGGAAGUGGCGCGUGGGGAAAAACAGGGGAUUUCCUCUGAUAUAUGGUCACUUGGGUGUACUUUAAUCGAAAUGGUCACUGGCGCUCCACCAUGGCCCAUUCCCGGCGACCCAGUUUCGGUACUGUACCGGAUCGGAUAUUCCGGCGAAUCGCCGGAAAUUCCGAGCUUUUUAUCGGAGAAAGCGAAGGAUUUUUUAAGUAAAUGCUUGAGAAGGGAUGCAACAGAACGGUGGAGCGCGAAUCAACUUCUUGAACAUCCAUUUUUGAGGGAAUUGAGUCAUGGGUUCGAGGAAAUCAAGGAAUUACAUCCACAUUCCAAAUCUCCGACGAGUAUUUUGGAUCAAAGCCUCUGGAAUUCGUUGAAAACAGAAUCAGAAACUCUGUUGAAAACAGAGCAAUGGGAUGACGACGACGACCACGACGACAGAAUCCAACGGCUGGCGAGCAUUUCAGGAGAAAUGAAUUUGGAAUUCGGAGAUGAGAAUUGGAUCACAAUCAGAAACUGUGUAGAUAGUGAAGAUGAAGACGAAGAUGAAUCAAUGUUUAGGUCAACAUCAGAAAUGAAUUUUAGAAGAAAUGAUCUAAACAUAGUGGAACAGGGAAGAAUAGGUAGUGGGAAAAUCCAGUGUUUGGAAUUGUUAGAUAAAACAGUUAGCUUUAGAGUAGGGAAAAGUAAUAUUCGAAUUAGUGAAAUUAGUACCAACAUUAGACAAAUCUAA